AUGCAAGCACACAACCGGGGCUUUCGGAGAAUCAAAGAUGCCUUAGAAAACCAUGUGAGUUUCUCCGCAGGCAUAGAGGCUGAUCCAGCAGCUGCCCGGCGUGCAGCAAACCUUGCUGCAGUGCAAGCCGCCCUGCGAGAGCAAGCUGAGCGCAAAGAGGAGGAGGAGUUUUGGUCCAAUGUUCGAGCACGGCGUGAACGGCGUGACUCCGAAGGUGACAAGGAUGACUUCCGGCAGUUUGCGGCAUCCACUGCCCACCGCUACGCAAAGCAGGAGCCAGUGACCACAAAGCGGCUCAUCCCUGCGCAGCUGCGCCGUCACUAUGGCUUGUUGGAGAUUGCAGCAGAGGCAACAGACAUUGAUGUUCGGAAAGCCUACCGCAAGCUGGCACUGAAGCAUCAUCCAGACAAGAAUCCGCAGGAUCCAGACGGGGCCAAGAAGCGCUUUGCAGAG